AUGGAAAAUCUAAGCAUAGACAAUAGCUCAUAUAACAAUGAAAACUGCGAAGUAAUAAAUAAUACAACAAAAAUGAAAGCUACCAUCACCACCAGCAGCAGCUCUAAAAAUUUAAAUAUUAAGCCAAGUAAAUUAAACACUAGCUACGAUACUGGUAACAAUAGUACUGGUUUAGGGGUCGUAGACAAUAAAAGAAAGUUGAUUAAUCCAUUAAUGCUAAGAGAAGAAUUGAUCAAAAAUAUUUCUAGUAAAAACGGCGCGUUUAAAGGCAAAGUUGAUUGGUGCGAUGAUUAUAAAUUGUUAGAUUGGAAAACAAACGUACUCCACAUAGAUUCUAAAGGUUCUUUGACCGUUUGUCAAAAACCCAUACUAAAUCCACAGGAUAAGUUUAUUAUUAAACAUUUGCAAAAUGUUUCCAUCAAAUUACUACAUAAUUAUUACCAUAAUUCUCAUCACAAUCACCAACAUCAUGUUAGCGCUAAUGAAGUCCCAUAUUCUCAAAAUAUGACACCCAUAAUUCAUAUAACUUCCAGGAAUAAAAAACAAAAAAUAUUUAUUAAUUGUAAGGAUAAUAAAAAAAUUUUUAAAGAAUUGUUUAGUAGUUUAAUUUUCUGGAAAAAUUUAAAAACGUGUGGGUUACUGGAAAAAAUUAAUGUAAAGUCUAUUUUUACAAUAAACAAAAGCCUAUUGGAAUGUGACCACCAACAACAACAACUUCCGAUGAAAAAUGAUAAUACUCUUAAUUCUACCAGUGGUACUAGCUUGUUGCGAAGAAAGAAAAAAAAUUCACCGCCCACUACUAAGGCUUCACCACGUCAACAACAAAAAGUAAAAGAGCCUACCAACUUAAUUGUGUGUCAAUUUAAUAUAUAUGGUCCAAUUCCAUUGCAUAAAAAUAUCCCCAGAUUGACCAAUAUACAACACCCCCCGUACAAAUUGUAUUCGAGAACAUAUGUCACUAAGCGACGUCAACCCUUACAACAGCAUCAGCAUCAACAUCAACAAUCCAUACAGUCUAUUUCUUCUUCAGCAACAAACAAUUCGAUGGAAACAAUAAAUACGGUAACAAUCAACACCACUCACGGCUACAGUAACAGUAGUAAUAAUCAGCAUUCAAAUGAUAACAGCCACAAAAGCAACAAAGAUAACGGUGGUGAAGAUUAUGAUGAAGGUUGGUUUCAAUGUAUGGGUGUUUUAAAAUCCAACGGUAUUUUAGAUUUUGUAUUACAAAGUGACGGUUCGUUAAUUUAUUCAGUAGAUAUUAAACAAUUGCUUAGCUCAGAAGUUCAGAUUUUAGAUUCAAGUUUGUUAGGUAGUGAUUCUGUUUUAUAUAUGGGUAUCUUGAGGCAAUUAAGAUCAAACUACAACCUCUAUGAGGGCAGUGAUAAUUUUUAUCUAUUUGACUCCUGUUCCAAACACCAGCAUUUAAUCUUACAAUUCCCCUUAAGAAUUGAUUUGGAAGAUUGGUUUGUUGCUCUAAAUACCUUUACUAACAAGGAGGUUUUAUCGCUCGUUGGCACUGACAAAUCUAAUGAAUUAAAACUCUCCAACAGGUUCAAGUUAACCUUGUUAGAGGCUGAUUUGCAAGGUAUGAAUUUUAAAAAUGCCUUAGGAUUUUAUGCCGAAAUCUCUAUCUGGGGGCAUACUUGGGCUAGAACUUCUAUUGUUAGCUCCUUAACCCCUUUUUGGAGAGAAGAAUUCAAAUUUGAUACCCCAGUCAGGACUAAAGAUUUGAAGAUUUAUAUUAAACAGCAAACAUCCCAAGAUACGGCAGCCAUGUCAUUAACUGAUCCCAUUGUAGGAAUUGUAAAGAUUGAUCAAUCUCUAUUGCUAAACGACUCUCUAUUAAAUGAAACUAGAUUACCCGUUUAUACGCCUGACCAUAAUAAUUUUAACAUUGGUACCAUAUGUGUGAAAGUACUCAGUAGUAUUAAUUUUAUAUUACCUUCAGUUAAUUUUGACAAAUUUGAAAAUAUCUUGACGGAAAUAGACUUAAAUUGUUUAACUGAUAUGGUCUAUAAAUCAAGCGCUAGCAAUACCGAAUCCAUCUUAAAGCUAGAAGAUAUUUCAAUGGUUUUAUUGGAUGUCCUUCAGGCCAUAGAUAGACAGGAUGAGUGGUUUGAAAGUUUGAUUGAGGCGGAAAUCUCCAGAAUUGAUGUAUCUAUUUUAAAAAACAACAAUAAUAAUCAAAACUCGUCUCACAUUAUUAACUCUCUUUUUAGGGGUAACUCUGUUUUGUCUCAAACAAUGGAAAAAUACUUCAACAGAAUAGGCCAGGAAUAUUUAGACAACUCUAUUGGCAAUAUUAUUAGGGAAAUAGUUGGCGAUGGUCAAUCCUGUGAAUUGGAUCCGGCCAGAAUUCUUUUGGAUAAUACUGUUGACGACGAUGGCGAUGAAGUUGAUAAAAGAAGAGAAAUUAUAAUCCGAAAAAAUUUUAAAAAAUUAUGGUACUGGACAAGUAAAAUUUGGAAGUGCAUCUAUAAUUCAAGCAAUGAUUUGCCCCCCGGGAUUAAAACUCAACUAAGGUCGUUCAGGAAAAGGUUAGAACUGAUUGUGGUUCAGGGUGUAACAGUGAAUGAGGUGGAAAAUAUUGUUUUGAAUUGUGUUUCCGGGUUUUUGUUUUUGAGAUAUUUUUGUCCCCUGUUGUUGAAUCCAAAAAUGUUUAAUAUAAUUCCAGACCACCCAACUGAGAAUACUAGGAGAACACUAACUUUGGUUACUAAAAUACUAUUAAACUUAUCAACACUAACUUAUUUUGGGAAAAAAGAGCCGUGGAUGAUUAAAAUGAACGACUUCAUUGCCGAAUAUAGGGAUGAGUUAAUUGACUAUGUGGAUAAAGUUACAGAAAAGAAAUUGGACUUUGCGCCCAAAACUUUGAAACUAAGUAGUAGCGUUGCUAGACCACAGAUUUUAUUGGACCCUGUUACCAGAAGAGAAUUGCCAACUAAUCCAUACUUAAUUGAUAAAUAUCUAAGGGAAACGGAAUUAAUCAAGUUUUUUGCAGAAUCAUAUUUCAAAACCACGAUAAUAAAUCGUAAUAGGAAGAAAUAUGUUUAUCAAAGUGAUGACUAUGAAGAGGCUUCUGAAGAUUUAACCAAGAACUCUUACUCUUAUUCUAAUACAAAGGGAGAUGAGGGGGGGAAAAUAGGUGAACUAGCUUUUGAAGAUUUAAGCGAAAACAAUGCAGAAAUUUUUGGACAGGAUCUCCUACAAUUAAUUAGCCAAGUUGGUGAUGUAAAUAAGAAAGAUAGACGCAAAGUUAAGUAUUACUUGGAUGAUUCUUCGGAAAAUCUGCUGAAACAAUUGGAAACAGAAUCAAACUUAUUGUAUUGCAAAUUGGAUCAUUUGCUAUCAGUUUUAUCCAACUAUGAAUAUCCGAUACAAAGUAUUUUGGACUCUCCUGUCUAUGCAGCUAGUUUAGUAGAUAGCUUGUGUUAUGAGAAAACCACAAAAUAUGUAUUCUUAGACCCACCUAAUUUACAAACAAAAAAAAACUCUACUCGUUUUAGAUAUGUUUUUGAAAACUUAGAUGCUGUGGAAAAAUUUUUUGGGUAUUAUGUGUGCUAUGGCCCGACUAGUACUGCCACUGGUAAUACCGGUACGAGGGGUAGAGAACGCUCAAAAAGUGCUGCAAGUCGUACCUUUGGGUCUACUGGGACUACUUCCACGUCAGCAGAAAGCGUUAUUUCCGCAUUUGGACCAAGUACUAAGAAAACGAAUAGUAUCACAAGCAGUAAAAUAUCUAGAAAAUUAACUAGGUUGUUUAAAAAAUGA